AUGGAUGUGCGACAAAAGUUGAGUAUUUUAUGCGUCAUGUUGGCGGUGUUCUUGCACUUGCUCGGAUUCACGGUGACGGGGCCGAUCACCCCUGGGUUGGUGCGCAGGUUCGACGUCGCGGCGGAGCACGUGGGAUAUCUGACGAGCGCGUAUCCGUUGGGGAUGUUCGGGGCGUUGUUUUUCUGGCCGCAGCUCAGCGACAAGGUUGGGAGGAAACCGAUCAUCGUGACCUCGCUCAUGGGCGUCGGCCUGGGGUUGGUUUUACAGGGCGUGUGCGUGCGUUCGGGAUGGUCUCUUCAGACGUUUCUCCUCCUGCGCGUCCUCAGCGGCGCCUUCGCGGGGGCGAGUCCGGUGGUCAAGGCGUACCUCGCCGACGCCUCGACGCCUGAAUUUUUACCCAGACUCAUGGCUUGGCGUGAGGCAUCGUGCACGCUCGCGUUCAUAGUCGGGCCCACGCUCGGUGGGGUGUUGUUCUCGGGUUUCAGCCUGUCCGCGGCGAUUAGCGUCACCGGGUGGGCAUCCGUCGCGGCGGCGAUGCUGGUUUUGCUCUUCAUGACGCCUCCGCAAGCGAUGAAGGCGGCGAUGCGAGAGACGAGUGGGAAUGAAGCCGACGGGGUCGACGCGUCCGCGGCGUCGAUCGACGAGAACACGGAAAGGAAGAUCACGGGAGACUUCAUCGCGAGCAUCCCAAAGGAGACCAGUCGCCCGAGGACGUCGCUACCGGGUGUGUACGAUCCAGACGCGCUGAGUUGCCCUCUCGGCCAGCAAUACUUACCCGCCGUGGCGACGAUUUGCUUUACGAGUUUCCUUUACAACGCGGGACAGUCGACGUUUGAUUCUUUUUUCCCACUCUUGCUGUCCAAGAAGCUGGCGUACACGCCGACGCAAAUCGGCGCUUUGCUCACCGCGCUAUCGAUGGUCUCCUUCACCGUGAGCGCCACCGUGUUCGCACCGACGCAGAAGCUCUUCGGUCUCACGAAAACCACGGUUAUUGGUCUCGCACUCGUCGCCAUCGGUCUCUUUUCUAUCGGUCAAGCCGUACCCGCGUUGGUUCCUCCGGCGGCGUUCGUCUACGUCGCCGGUCUGCCCCUCUUCACGCCGGCAAUUCCAAUCUUGCUCAUGCAAUGCGUACCGCCGACGAGGCGUGGGUUCGUCAUGGGCGUUGACUCAGCGAUCAACGCCGUGGCUCGCAUCGUCGCUCCGAUCUAUUUUGGGCGCCUGUUUGCCGUCAAUCCAACGCACGCCUUCAUCGGCGCCGGAUCCGUCGUCGCCCUCGCCAGCGUUGUCGUCCUCACGCGACGCUGGAUCGUUCUCACCACCACGCGCGCGCAGGUAUUUUAG